UCAUCGAGCGGUGUUGUACCACAGUCUUCAACGGACGAUGACGAUGAAGAUGAAAUGAACAUCACACUCCAAGGGAAUUUCGAGUCUUUUCCAGUAGAACUUGAAGCAUGCAAACCAGGUCUUACCGAUACAGCAGAUGAAGUAGCAUCUCCAAUGUUUAUAAGUGUUUCGCGCAUGAGCUGCAUAGAAGACGAGAAGCUUCUGCAAGAAUUUUUGGCUUUGUUCCCGAACGUGCAUUACAGUGAGGAACUCACUGCCGAGACAACGCAUUUGGUGAUGAUGAAUUCUCGUAGGUUAUCUUUCACAGAAGUUUGCGAUAUUUUUGAACCUAGAGUUUCCAAAUUAGCUUUUUAUUUCUCGAGUUAA